CACAAGUGCAAAACGUAGGUAAAGGGAACCAAACACCCUAAUUAUUCGCGUGCAGUUUUCCCAUUCCCAUUAUCCCUUCAACCCUUCGUCUCAGUCGUCUUUGGUUCGCUUGAGUUUUAGCAGGUUUAAAUAUCCCUAACCCAGCUGCUCUAUUUAAGGGGAGGUCUACUGGUCUAGGCGUCUCCACUCUCCAGCGCACAAGACCCAAUAGCUCUGGUAACUCUGGUUCGCGUAAGAACGGGUGGGUAACAAACCAAAUCUGUGCUUAAGACUCUCAAGAACGCCAGAAGAUCAAAUACUCUCUCUUAAUCUUCUUUUCUGCAUUGAAAUGGGAUAUGCCCACAGCCCUCAUCCAUCUUGCGACCAGUCAUGGCGUAAUGGAAGACAGGCUUUUGGUAUAAGAUUUCCCUUCGUGGGUGCAGUCGACCCUAGAAGAGGAUGCUAGAUCCUCGCUCCUGAUGUGGUGUCUUUAGAUUAGCUUUUUCUAAGGCUUUUGUUUGGUUGAAAGCUUAAAACACUCAAAACAAUGGCGUCUCGGUUCUGGGUUCAGAGUGAUAAUGACACUGAGGAGGAGGAGAGUGAUUACGAGGAUGACAUUGAUGCUGGUGGUGUUGGCGAGUCUGCUGGAGAAGCUGCUGGAAGCAGAUAUCUCGAAGGGAAUGCGAGCGAUAGUGAUGAUUCUGAUGGUCAGAAGCGUGUGGUUAGAUCUGCAAAAGAUAAGCGGUUUGAGGAGAUGAUGUCUACUGUGGACCAGAUGAAGAAUGCCAUGAAGAUAAAUGACUGGGUAAGUCUCCAGGAGAGCUUUGACAAGAUAAACAAACAGCUUGAGAAGGUUAUCCGGGUCGCCGAAUCUGAAAAGGUCCCUGCACUUUAUAUCAAGACUUUAGUGAUGUUAGAGGACUUCUUGGCUCAGGCAUUAGCCAAUAAGGAUGCAAAGAAGAAGAUGAGUAGUAGCAAUGCCAAAGCAUUGAAUUCCAUGAAGCAGAAGCUUAAGAAAAACAAUAAGCAAUUUGAGGAUCUGAUUAAUAAAUACAGGGAAAAUCCUGAGAAUGAGGAUGAAGGAGAGCAGGAGCAGACGGAGGAUGAGGAUGAAUCAGGUUCAGAGUUUGAGGAGGACCCAUCAAAGAUUGCAAUGAUGUCAGAUUCUGGGGAAGAGGAUGAGGAAGAAGAUGACGAGGGUGGGGAUAACCAAGCUGAGGGGACUGGAGUUUGGGAGAAAAAGAUGAGCAAGAAAGAUAAACUUAUGGACAAGCAAUUCAUGAAGGACCCAAGUGAAAUCACCUGGGAUACGGUUGACAAGAAGCUUAAGGAGAUCGCUGCUGGAAGGGGUCGGAAGGGAACUGGAAGGGUUGAGCAGGUUGAGCAGCUCACCUUCCUUACAAGGGUUGCCAAGACUCCUGCCCAGAAGCUUGAGAUCCUAUUUAAUGUCGUUUCUGCCCAGUUUGAUGUGAACCCAAGUCUCAGUGGACACAUGCCUAUAAACGUAUGGAAGAAGUGUGUGCAGAACAUGCUUGUGAUACUUGACAUCCUUGAGCAGUAUCCGAACAUUGUGGUAGAUGAUUCGGUUGAGCCUGACGAAAAGGAGACCCAGAAAGGGGCAGACUAUAAGGGGAUGAUUCGUGUUUGGGGGAAUUUGGUUGCAUUCCUUGAAAGGAUUGAUGCUGAGUUCUUUAAAAGCUUGCAAUCCGCUGAUCCACACACUCGGGAGUAUGUUGAGAGACUGAGGGAUGAACCUACAUUCCUUGUUCUUGCCCAGAAUGUUCAGGAUUAUCUGGAAAGGAUUGAAGAUUUUAAGUCAGCUGCAAAGGUAGCACUGAGACGUGUUGAGCUAAUAUAUUAUAAACCCCAAGAAGUUUAUGAUGCCAUGAGGAAGCUGGCUGAGCGUACAGAGAGUGUAGAGAAUGGGGAAACUGAAGGAAAUGAGGAGCCCCAAGCAGUUGAGGAGACUAGGGGCCCUCCUUCCUUUGUUGUUACCCCUGAGCUUGUGCCCCGAAGACCCACUUUUCCGGAAAAUAGCAGGACAUUGAUGGAUGUACUGGUUUCCCUUAUUUACAAGUAUGGGGAUGAGCGAACCAAAGCUCGUGCAAUGCUCUGUGAUAUAUACCACCAUGCUAUUCUGGAUGACUUUUCAACCUCCCGUGAUUUAUUACUGAUGAGUCAUUUGCAGGAUGGGGUUCAACAUAUGGACAUUUCAACUCAGAUUCUUUUCAACAGGGCUAUGGCUCAACUUGGUCUUUGUGCAUUUAGGGUCGGGCUAAUAGCAGAGGCACAUGGAUGCCUUUCUGAACUAUAUGCAGGUGGUAGGGUAAAGGAAUUACUUGCACAGGGUGUUUCACAGAGCCGUUAUCAUGACAAGACUCCUGAACAGGAAAAGCUUGAAAGGAGGCGGCAAAUGCCAUACCACAUGCAUAUAAAUCUUGAGCUCCUAGAGGCUGUCCAUUUGAUAAGUGCCAUGCUUUUGGAGGUCCCUAAUAUGGCUGCUAAUACCCAUGAUGCCAAACGCAAGGUCAUAAGUAAGGCAUUUCGUAGAUUGCUUGAGGUGAGUGAGAGACAGACGUUCACAGGCCCCCCUGAAAAUGUUCGAGACCAUGUCAUGGCUGCUACCAGGGCCCUGGGCAAAGGAGACUUCCAAAAGGCAUUUGAUGUCGUUAGAUCCCUUGAUGUCUGGAAGCUCCUGAGGAACCGUGAAAAUGUUUUGGAGAUGCUUAUGUCCAAGAUAAAGGAAGAGGCCUUGAGGACCUACCUAUUCACUUACGCUUCAUCCUAUGAUUCCCUGAGCUUAGAUCAGCUUACAACAAUCUUUGACCUCUCGGACCACCUUGUCCACAGCAUUGUGAGCAAGAUGAUGAUCAUGGAGGAGCUUCAUGCAAGCUGGGACCAGCCAACUCGGUGCAUUGUUUUCCACAAUGUUGAGCACACAGGACUGCAGAGCCUUGUAUUCCAGUUGACAGAGAAGCUUUCUGUUCUUGCUGAGAGCAAUGAGAGGGCUUUGGAAGCAAGGACAGGUGGAGGGCUGGAUGGGUUGCCCCCAAGGCGUAGAGAGGGCCAGGAUUAUGCUGGGGCUGCAGCCAGUAAGUGGCAAGAGAACUUUUCUCAGGGAAGGCAAAGUAGUGGGCGCUUAGGCUACCGACUUGGCGGGAGACCAUCUACUUCCACUCAGGCUUCUGGUGGAGUGUUUUUGAAGGAUAGAUCAGGUCAGUCACGAGGAACAGGGGGCUAUUCUGUUGGCUUCCAGAGCACACGAUAUCAAGAUGCAUAUGGAGGGGUUGGUAGAUCUUACCAGACAGGUGCUGCAGGAAGAGGAUUGCAAAUGGACACAUCAGCCCGCAUGGUCAGUCUCAACAGGGUCGCUCGUGCAUAGUGAGAAAUAAAGAAGAGAAGAAAAUGAUCCAAAAAUUAAGAAAAGUUGAAUGCAAUUUUAGUUUSUAGCUUUUUGUUUCUGGAGAAGAACUUACGGGCAUUUUACAUAUAUAAAAGAACUAUGUGUAUUAGAUAUGUAGUACUUUGUUUCCUUUCUUAUCCUUCUGAUAGUAUCUUGCUAGUAGUGAACCAAGUGUUCAUGUCACCUUAGUGCCUACCUCAUUCAUGUUAGAUUGUGUCUUUUCUUUUUUUUUCCUUACAAAUGCCAAAGAAACUUAUAUYAUCUACUUGAAAGAUGUUACAGGAAUUCCAUUGAGGGGUAUUCUGAUA